AUGAGCAAGGAAAAGAUCACCACCAAAGUGGAGGCCUCGAGGGUCAACGCGAUGGCCGCCGUAAGGGACUACAAGGUGUGCCCCAGGCUGGAGUACAAGACCAUUUCGGGCGUUCAAGGACCGCUAGUUAUCAUCGAAGAUGUGAAGUUCCCCAAGUACUCCGAAAUCGUGACGAUCCACCUGAGUGACAAUUCGACGAGGCAAGGACAGAUCCUGGAGGUGUGCGGGAAGAAGGCAGUAAUCCAAGUGUUCGAGGGAACCAGUGGAAUAGACAACAAAAACAGCUACGUAGAAGUCAGUGGAGAUAUUCUGAAAAUGCCCAUGAGUGACGAAAUGUUGGGAAGAGUAUUCAACGGAAGUGGAAAGCCCAUCGAUAAAGGUCCUAGCAUCCUGGCCGAUGAUUAUUUGGACAUAAAUGGGAAUCCAAUAAAUCCCCAAUGUAGAGUGUACCCCAAGGAAAUGAUCCAAACGGGAAUAUCCACAAUAGAUGUAAUGAAUAGCAUAGUUAGAGGACAGAAGAUUCCAUUAUUCAGCGCUGCAGGGUUACCGCAUAACGAAAUAGGUGCACAAAUAUGUAGGCAGGCAUCUCUCGUACAAGGGAAAGAUGUGUUGGACCAUUCGGAUGAUAAUUUCGCAGUCGUCUUUGGUGCCAUGGGGGUGAACAUGGAGACGGCUAGAUAUUUCAGACAGGAUUUUGAAGAAAAUGGAAAAAUGGAAAGAGUCUGUUUAUUUUUAAAUUUAGCAAACGACCCAACGAUAGAAAGGAUCCUCACUCCUAGGAUAGCGCUAACCACAGCAGAGUACCUCGCGUUUGAAAAAGAAAUGCACGUAUUUGUAAUAUUGACGGAUAUGUCUUCCUAUGCUGAUGCGCUGAGGGAGGUUUCAUCUGCCAGGGAGGAAGUGCCAGGCAGGAGAGGAUACCCAGGUUAUAUGUAUAGUGAUCUGUCGACAAUAUAUGAACGAGCUGGAAGAGUUGAAGGAAGAAAUGGAAGCAUAACUCAGUUCCCCAUUUUGACGAUGCCAAAUGAUGACAUUACGCACCCCAUCCCAGAUCUCACAGGAUACAUUACAGAGGGGCAAAUUUUCGUGGACAGAAAUUUAUACAACAGGCAGAUUUAUCCUCCUAUCAAUGUGUUGCCUUCUUUGUCUAGACUUAUGAAAAGUGGAAUAGGAAAGAACAUGACUCGAGCUGACCAUCCCUACGUUUCCGACCAGCUGUAUAGUAAUUAUGCCAUUGCACAGGAUGUGAAGGCCAUGAAGGCAGUCAUUGGGGAGGAGGCCCUUUCGAAUGAUGAUAUAUUGUACCUGGAAUUUUUGGACAAAUUUGAAAAGAGGUUUAUCACGCAGAACACUUACGAGUGCAGGGACAUUUACCAAUCACUCGAUAUCGCGUGGGAAUUGUUGCGUAUUUUCCCGGAGGACAUUCUAAAGAAGAUCAAGUCAGAUAUCCUCUCCAAGUAUUACCCACGCCACCACGCUGGUUAA